AUGCCAACUCUGAUUGCUCCAGAAGCUUCCCGACCAGCCAGUCAGGUCGCUCCUCUCGCUGCUGAUCCGGCCAAACCUGCGGAUUAUCAGCUCUUGGAUGACAAAAUCAGGGUCAUUAAGGGUUUUUCCGCCUUCGGUAUAGACGCUCGAGACCUCUUCUUGGUCCCGAAUGUGGUACUCCCGCAAAAAUUCAAGGUGCUUGACCUUCCAAAGUAUAAGGGCCUCAGCUGUCCACGCAGUCAGAUCACCAUGUACUGCCGGAAAAUGGCCUCAUACAUCGAUAAUGACAACCUCCUGAUUCAUUGCUUCCAUAAUGGCCUGUCUGGGGCUUCCAUGGAUUGGUACAUGGGUCUAGAGCACUCAAAGAUCUGGUCAUGGAGGGAUCUCUCUAAGGCGUUCUUGAAACAAUAUAAUUACAACCUUGACAUAGCUCCGAUAAGGCUUCAACUACAUAAUCAGUCUCAAAGAUCUAAUGAAACCUUCAAGGAAUAUGCUCAAUGUUGGCGCGAAAUUGCGUCUAGAGUCCGGCUAGCAUUAUCUGACAACAAAUUAGUAGAUAUCUUCAUGGGUACACUGCAAGGGCUAUAUUUUGAGAAGAUGAUCGACAGUUUGUCAACAAAUUUUGCUGAUAUGGUAACCAUCGGGGAGCGUGUUAAGAGUGCGCUGAAAUCGGGAAAAAUCACAGACAUAAUCGCACCACAGACAACAAACAAGAGACCGCAUGGGGGCUUCGCAAAGAAGAAUGAGGGGGAAGCAAACAUCGUGACGGCGAGUGCUCACCCCCGAUAUUAA